AUGGAUCCAAGUGUUAAGCUUCUACUGAAUCAGCGAGAGUCCUUUUCAGAUCCUGAAAAGUAUAGAAGAUUGGUUGAAAAACUGAACCAACUCACAGUCACUCGGCCUAACAUUUCAUUUAUAGUUAGUGUGGUGAGUCAGUUUCUUAAUUCUCCAUGUCAAGAACAUUGGAAUGCUGUCAUUCCUAUUCUCAAGUAUAUUAAGGAAUCUCCAAGAAAAGGCCUUGAAUACGAAGAUAAAUGUCAUGUUAAAGUUGUCGGAUACUGUGAUGCUGAUUGGGUCGGUUGUCCUACUGAUAGGAGAUCUAAUACUGGAUAUUGUGUCUUUGUUGGAUGCAACUUGGUUUCCUGA